UUAUUGACAAGUAUUCCGUUCUAUGUACGAACAUAUCAAUGCAGCGUUCACUCCGGUUUAUUUCCGAACGUGCAGCUUGGUUAGAAUUGUACUGUAUUGCGUGUAUAUUCAUUAAAGAAAAAAGUUGCAAAAUAUAAGUACGGCUGUACGAAACUACGAAGGUUAAGUUGCAAAGAAUUGCAAGUGGAGUAAAUAUAUCUCAAAAUGUAUCUCAUGUAUUAUUUGGACGACAAGGGAAAUCGAGUGUACACUUUACAGAAAAUGGAUCCUAAUGGAAAGCCUACCUUAUCCGCACAUCCAGCUCGAUUUUCUGUCGAGGACAAAUAUUCAAGAGAAAGGAUCACGAUGAAGAGAAGAUUUAGCUUACUAUUGAUACAGCAACCACAACCUAGCUAUUAAUCUAAAAUGAAAGUUAACAAAUUUUAUAUAGAGAUGUAAAGUGUAAAUGAGAAGGACUACACGAUGUUAUGACUUGGCUUCAUACAACCGAGUAUGAUAGAACCUGUAUUUCUAUCGACAGAGAGAUGAUUCAACUUAUACACCCACAACUUCCUUUAGUGAUAAUGAGGAAAAAUAUGACUCAAGAUUAUCAUUUUAGAAUAUGGGAUUAUAUUCGAUAUUCCUGCAACAUCUGCAACCUGAUAACAAACUUAAGAAAUUAUUCCCACUGAAAAUUUAUCUAUAUUUUACAUUUCACUUAAUUAUUUUGUAUGUCUUGUAUUCUGUUGAUAGUAAAUAAAACAUUUCUUGCGUUCAUUGUCGAUACGUAUAUUUACUAUACAAAUUUCAUUUACACAGUUUAUUAUCUCCGCACAUUAUAAAAAAAUAAAAAUUAUUGUACACAGUAUUUUCUGACUUGCAAUACAGUUGCAAUAAGUUUUAUUUAAAAAAUCGUAACAAGAUUAUUUACUUGCAAUCUUAGUUUAAUGUGAAUAGCAUACUUGACGAAGUCUACUAAAUUAAUACGUACAGAGCGUUCACUAUUGUAUAUGACAUAAAAUACAAAGCCGAUAUUGAGUUCC